UGGUGGCUAGAGACACAAACAGGAGUUGUUUCCGGGGUCACGUGCAAACCUACAACACAGCUGAUCGUGACGUCACACACCAACAUGGCGGACUGGAAUAGAGGUCAUGGCUCUGUGGACGACAUGCUGGAUACUGAAAACAAACGCCUGGCUGAGAACCUCGCCACCAAAGUCUCCAGACUGAAAUCUCUGGCGUACGAAAUCGACAGAGAGGCUGAUGAUCAGAACGAGUAUCUGGACGGCAUGGACUCAAACUUCCUGAGUGCGACGGGCCUGCUGAGCGGCAGCGUGAAGCGCUUCUCCACCAUGGUUCGAUCCGGCAGAGAUAACCGCCGCAUCCUCUGCUACGUCUCUGUGGGCCUGGUGCUGGUCUUCUUCCUGCUUUACUACAUGGUCUCCAGGAUUCAACGCUGACAGGAAAACAACCCAAGAUCAGCCAGGAGCUGGUCCCGAUGUGGAGCUGAGACUGUAGACUCAUAUCUGACAGGUUUAAAUCCUCUCUGGGGUUCUCCUGCACGGGAACAUACUUUUUAUUCUGCUCCAAAGUGAGAAAAUAACCAAGAAGGAACAAGGGAGGGCGGCCUGGGGAACCGGUGGUGGUGGUGGUGGUGGUGGUGGUGGUCGUGGUCGUCAUACUAAAGAUACUGGAGUCUAUUUAAAAAAAAAAAAAAACCAUGCCUGGACUUUGGGGCUUUUCCACUCGGCACCACCUUUAAGUCCUUAUAUGGGCAAAGAGAAGGUGGAGCCUGACUGCAACCCAGGCGGGUGAAGCGCCCCAACUUGACUGAGUGCGAUAGGCGGAUGAACAUCAGUCAAGACAAAAAAUAUGUUUAAUUACAGAGUAGCUGUGUCUCAGUUCCAGACUACACAAUCAUUUAAAGAUUUGUUUUGUUGUUGUAGCAACUCUGUUCAAAAAUAUACAUAAAAAACUUGAUUCACAGCUGCAAAUAAUCAAAUUAAAUUGUGACUUUGGUGGCGAGACGUAUACAGAGAGGGUGUGGGGGAAGAAAGAUAUUAUAUCUCUGGGAAAACAUAUUCCAAGGUCGAAGUUUGAUUAACGUCAAAGUGCAUAUUUUAUUAUUUCCUGUCGGUACAAAACGAAAAGCUUUUGAAAGAUAUUCUGAAUUCAAACAACAUAAAAACACUUAUGUGACAAUUAUUAUAUAAUUGACUGUAGCUGGUGAGAACAGGAAGUGAAACCGUCAUCUGCUUUUUUUUAUUUGUUGGCUGAUCUUCAGUGAACCUGUGUUGAGACUGUCGAUCAACACAAUAUGUUAUCAAGAAAAUGUUGUUUUCAGCCUCUAAAUACGGAAAUCUCCUGUUUUUCUCUGUUAUGUCAUAUUAAAGUGAAUAUAUUUGGAUUUUGGACUGACAAAACAAGACAUUUAAAGACAUCAGCUUGGACUUGGAGACUUGGAGAGACUUGGAGAGACUUGGAUGCACAUUUCUCACUAUUUUCUGACAUUUUUUAAACCAAAACAAUGAAUCGAUAAUUAAAAUAAUCGUUAGUUGCAGCCCUACACAUUCUGUUUUUUAAAGAAACCUUUAAACAUCAGUGUGUUCAGUUGUGUUUUACUUUAGUUUCAGUUUCUUCUAGUUAAUAUUAAAUGUUGGCUCCUGUUCUGUUUAUCGUUUCGUGGACGUUUUGUGUUUAUUUUCACAUUUUCUCAGUCUGCUGAAAGAGACUUGAGAGGAGAUCAAGAGGAUUAUAAAGAGUUUCCUUUCUCUGCGUUUACAUUCCAGCUGUCUGCACUACUAAUCAGCCACAACAGAUGUUAAGUAUUCUUAUUAAACACAUGUAAUAAAUAGUUUUUAUUGUGGAAA